AUGGUUGCGAGAAGAGAUUCAAGGUCUGCUUGUUUGUAUCGUCGAUCAUUUGGUUUCUUUCCAAGAGGGCGAAGUAUUUGGGUUAAAGCAGGAUGCAGGGCACGAUUCCAGGUGUGCUUCCGAGUAAUGACCGAAGCUUGUAGAUACGGCUGCGGUAAAAAUGCUGAAUGCGUAGCUGGGAAGUGUGUAUGCAGGAAAGGUUUUGUUGGAAAUCCUAACAAAGCUUGUGAAGAUUCCUGUACCUGUACUGUUUCCGGCGAUCCGCAUUUCCGGACGUUCGACAGACAAAUGAUACAUUUUCAGGGCGUCUGUAAAUACACUCUAGUAAAGGUCAAAAACGUAAAUGACCUGUGCUAUUUUAACGUUGAGGUCAAAAAUGAGCGGCGAGGGAAGAACAAAAGGGUCUCCUUUGCGCGAUUGGUCGAUGUCAGUAUGUACGGCUUCAAAGUCAGACUUCAUUUUAACAAAGUUGUUUACGUAAAUGGUAAAAGAAAGUACCUCCCCAUUUCGUUAGAGUCCGGUAACAUUAAUAUCUAUAACGCCGGUAAAUAUGUCCGCGUCACGACAAAAUGUGGCCUUACUGUCGCCUGGGACGGAAGGUCACAAGUUUAUGUUCAAAUGCCGAGGAGUUUUGGACCGAAGGUAUAUGGACUCUGUGGGAACUGCAACGGCAUCAAAGAUGACUACAGAACAAGCACGGGCGAAGAUGUGUCCGCUAAACCAAAUAAGUAUCAGUUGAUUGGACAGAGCUACCAAGUCAAGGAUGGUUCUGACCAAUCAUCCGAAAGCUGUAAGACAGAAGAAAUUGACCAAGAAAUCUGUCCUGAAGUCAUGAUAUCUAAGAUCGAUGAAAGCCGGUACUGCGGGUACCUUAACCCAAAACUUGGUCAUUUGAGUCCGUUCCGAGAGUGCAUGGCGUUUUAUCCUACCGUUGCACAGGAAAUGUACGAGUCAUGCAGGUAUGAUGUGUGCUCUUUCUACACUGACCAGACACGGAUCAAAGAGGUCGUAUGUAACAUACUUGAAGGGCUGGCUACGGAAUGCGAGUCUCACGGGAUUCACAGUGCCUGGCGAAAACCAGAGUUGUGUGAUAUAACCUGUCCCGCCAACAUGGUAUACAGUUAUUCUGUUAGCGGAUGUCCAGCAACCUGUCUCGACAAGGACCCAGAUUCUGCAGCUUGUCACGUACCACGGACAGAAGGAUGCACAUGCAAGGAAGGGUUCGUACUCAGUGGAGAUAACUGUGUACAUGCGUCUCAGUGUGGCUGCUCGUCGCCUCAAGGAUAUCUACCAUUAAAUAAGAAGAUAACCAGCGCUGACUGCCGAUUUAUAUCGGCGUGUACCCUGGUGGCCGGGAAGCCACUUCUUCAGCAGGCAUCUAACCCUUUAAAGUGUCACCAAUACGCCACUUGUGGUGUUCUAAACGGUCUGCCUCACUGUUUGUGUAAAGAUGGCUACUUUGGGGACGGCGUCAAUGACUGUGAACCUUUGUGCAAUGGAAAGAAAUGUGCUCUAUAUGCCACGUGUGUACAUGGAAGGUGUAUAUGUGACGCCGGAUAUCAUGGAAACGGUUACUCUAAAUGCGAAGCUCUUUCUGUGUGUGGAACUAAGCAGUGUACAGCAGGUGCCGAAUGUCUUAAUUUCCAGUGCGUCUGUAAAAACGGAUACUUUGGGGAUGGAUACAAGAAUUGUCAAGAACUCUGUGAUGGUAAACGAUGUGUUGACAACGCGCUUUGCCACAAUGGGAAAUGUAAAUGUAAAGAAGGCUACCAUGGCAACGGAUAUCACCAAUGCGACAGGUUGGGAGUCUGCGAUAACAAAGUAUGCUGCCAAAAUGCAGAGUGUGUCAACUAUCAGUGUGUUUGCAAGUCUGGAUAUUAUGGCGACGGGUACGACGACUGUAUUGAACUUUGUAAUAGUAAAAAGUGCGCAGAAAAUGCCAUUUGCCAAAAUGGCAAAUGCGAAUGCGAAGACGGUUACCAUGGAGACGGAUUCAUAAAAUGUGAACCUGAGUCAACCUGUGGAGGGAAAACGUGUGUAACGAAUGCCGUGUGCAUCAACUUCCAGUGUCAUUGCCGACCGGGUUUCUAUGGUGAUGGAUACGUCGGAUGUAAACGUCUUUGUGCUGGACGAAUCUGUGUAGACUACUCAUACUGCUUCCGAGACAAGUGUAUCUGUCAGGACAGCUACCAUGGCAACGGCUAUAUCCAAUGUGAACCUUUGAAGCAGUGUGGUAACAAGACCUGUGUACUUAACGCCAAAUGUAUCAACUUUAACUGUGUCUGUAAGGAUGGAUAUGUCGGAGAUGGUUACAGGGAAUGUGAAUCAUUAUGUGAUGGUAAACCAUGUGCCGAGUUUGCAAGAUGUCAGGGCGAUGUUUGUAAAUGUAUGAAUGGCUAUCAUGGAAAUGGAUACAUAAAGUGCGAGCCGGUGUAUUUUUGUGGGUCGAGAAGGUGUGCUGUCAAUGCGGAGUGCCGUAACUACCAAUGUGUCUGUAAACCAGGUCACUAUGGUAACGGAUACAAUCGAUGUUCUCCGCUUUGUGACGAAAGGAAAUGUGCCGAUGACGCCGAAUGUGAAAAUGGUGUCUGCAAGUGUAGACAAGGCUACCAUGGAAACCCACAGGUUAAAUGUGAACAGUUAUGUGACGGAAAGUUAUGUAAGCCGAAUGCCUAUUGCAAAAGUGGUGUGUGUACAUGCAGUAUUGGUUUACACGGAGAUGGUGCCAUCAAAUGUGAACCUCUCGGUACGUGUGGAGGAAAACGAUGCAGCCAAUAUGCACACUGCUACAACUACAAAUGUGUAUGUGACGAAGGUUAUACCGGAAAUGGAUAUGAAAAAUGCCAUGUUCUUUGUGACGAUCGUAGAUGCGCCCAAUAUGCCUAUUGUGACAAUAACGAAUGUGUCUGUCAGAAUGGUUUCCAUGGCAACCCAUAUAUAAAGUGUGAACCUGAGAGAACGUGUGACGGGAAACUGUGUGCUCCAUACGCUGAAUGUAAGAACUAUCAAUGUGUGUGUAAGUCGGGUUACCUUGGAGAUGGAUAUAGAAAUUGCAAAGCACUCUGUGGUACCAAGCAAUGUCCGGAUAAUACUGUGUGUAGAAAUGGAACAUGUGUUUGCAUUAGCGGCUUCCAUGGCAACCCAAACAUUCAGUGUGAACCCAUGGGUGUGUGUGGAGGCAAAGUGUGUGACGAGUAUGCCGAAUGUGUCAACUAUCGAUGUCGAUGUAACAAAGGCUACGUCGGCGAUGGUUAUCAAUUGUGUGAAAAGCUUUGUGGAAAAAGUAAAUGCGUGGACAAUGCGAUCUGUCAAGGUGAUAAGUGUGUCUGUUUGAAUGGUUACCAUGGAGACGGAUACGUAAAAUGUGAAGGUGAGGGAACUUGUAAUGGAAUCACGUGCAGCGAGAAUGCAGAGUGCAUAAACUAUCACUGCAUAUGUAAAAAGACGUUCUACGGCGAUGGAUAUCACACUUGUAAUCCUUACUGUUCGGGACGAAAGUGUGGGGAGCAUGCAACAUGUCUAGAAGAUCAAUGUGUCUGCGAGACAGGAUUUCAGGGCGAUCCGUACAUCAAAUGCGAACCAUUCGGAGUCUGCGACGGAAUGCAUUGUGCGGAUUACACUGAGUGUCUCAACUACAAGUGCGUCUGUAAAAGAGGUUAUAUUGGUAAUGGUUACGAGCGAUGUAAACCAUUAUGUGGAGGUAAAGAGUGUGUGCUGUACGCGCAUUGUGAGAAUAACACGUGCAGAUGUAACAGCGGUUACCAUGGCAACGGUUAUGUCAGGUGUGAAACCAGUACAAAAUGUGGAGGGAGGGAAUGUAGUCCAAACGCUGUAUGUACCAAUUACCAAUGUCACUGUCAGUUGGGAUAUUUCGGUGAUGGUUACGAAAGGUGUACUGCUAAAGGUUUCUGCGGUGGGCGAGUAUGUGCGGAUAACACAAGAUGUGUUAAUUACAAAUGCCAUUGUCUGGAUGGUUAUGCUGGGGAUGCUCACCACAAAUGUGACGCUCUUUGUGAUGGGAAGAAAUGUGCCGAGUAUGCUUAUUGUGAAAAUAAAAAAUGCGUUUGCCAGUCCGGAUAUCACGGGGACGGUUUCAUUAAAUGCGAACAAUUAGGAGUUUGUGGUGGAAAACAGUGUGCUGGGAACGCCGAAUGUACCGGUUACCACUGUGUAUGUCGUCAGGGUUAUAUAGGAAAUGGAUAUAUCUAUUGUGAAAAGUUAUGCAACGGGAGGAAAUGUGCAAAAUAUGCAGUAUGUACGGAUACAGGCUGUCAGUGUCAACCUGGUUACCAUGGAAACCCGUAUCUAAAAUGUGAAGUGGCAAGUCUUUGUGGUGGGAAAACUUGCGCAGAGAACGCCCAGUGUUCAAACUACAUGUGUCAAUGUAAACCAGGUUACCUUGGAGACGGCUUGAUGAAAUGUCAAGAAACAUGUAACGGAAGGCUGUGCGUUCCUUUCGCUGAAUGCAAGAACGGUAACUGUGUUUGUCAGGAAAAUUAUCACGGAUUCGGGUUUUGGAAAUGUGAACCCAUCGGUAUUUGUAACGGCCAAAAGUGUGCUGCAAACGCAAAAUGUAUAAAUCUGCAAUGUAUAUGCAAAGCAGGAUAUUUUGGAGAUGGUUAUAACUCUUGCAAACCCUUUUGUGGCGGAGGGGUGUGUACAGAACAUGCCAAAUGUUCAAAAGGUGUCUGUGUUUGUCACACUGGAUACCAUGGAAACGGUUACCUAAAAUGUGAACCUCUGGGUAUAUGUGGAGGUCGUGAGUGCGCUAAAUACGCCGUAUGUGAGAAGUUCAAAUGUGUGUGCAGACCGGGCUAUUUCGGAGAUGGAUACACCUACUGCGACCUGGACGGUUUCUGUCGGGGGAAGAAAUGCGCUGACAAUGCCGAGUGUGUUAACGAUAUUUGUGUCUGUCGAGGAGGCUACGCGGGUGACGGCGAAAAGACCUGUACACGAAAGUGUGUGUGCUCAGCCUCCGGAGAUCCUCACUACCUUCGUUACGACGGUAAAAAGAUCAAUUUCCAAGGAAUAUGUAAAUACACACUGACAAAAUUAAAAAAGACGAUAGACGGGUGUUACUUUAACAUCGAAGUGAAAAACGAACGCCGAGGAAAGAACAAACGCGUGUCUUGGACAAGAUUUGUUGACGUCAGAAUCAAUGACGUCAGUAUACGGCUGCUGAGGAAAAGGAAGGUGUUGGUAAACAGUUACUUGCGUCACCUACCCGUCACUGAAAAUGGUUAUCAGAUCUACCGGAGUGGUAUAUGGGUAGUCGUGACCUCGAGGUGUGGACUAACAGUUUGGUGGAAUGGUAAGGCAGCUGCCAUGGUGGAGGUCAAGGUCGACUACGGACCUUACCUUACCGGUAUCUGUGGUAACUGUAACGGUCUAGAUGACGAUGACCGGAAGCGGGACGGAGAAGAUGUGACAGGUUUCCCUAAACGUAAACGUGAUGCUAUGAUUGGUCAUAGUUACAUGGUGGAGGACGAUUCAGAGCCGGAGGCAGGUGUUUUAGAGGAAUGCAAAACAGAAGAAGUUGAAACAUCCGAGUGUUCCGAAGAGCACAUAAAAGCCGCUAAAACUGUGGAUCUGUGUGGUCUUUUGGACUUCAGCAUUAAGGACAGUCCAUUCCGCCAGUGCAUUAGGCAAAACCCUAUCCUAGCUGAUACCAAACUCAAGGCCUGUGUUUUCGACGUCUGUGCUAACUUCGAGGACAGCUCUGUUGACACGCGAUCUAUAGGAUGUGGUUACUAUGAAGAGUUCGACGAAGAGUGCUCUCUACGAGGAUUCCAUGUCAAGUGGAGAACAGCUGAUAUAUGUCCUUUGCCAUGCCCAGUCAACAUGAGAUAUAACCCCGCUGUAAGUGGUUGCCCUCCGUCUUGUAUGAACACUAACCCUUCUUGUGACCUACCAACCACUGACGGUUGCGAAUGCUUACCAGGCCUGCUGGAGAGCGGUGACAAGUGUGUGAAGAUAGAGGAGUGUGGCUGUCAUUGCGAGGAUCUACCUUAUGUCCCGGUUGGUGAGCAACACGUGACAGAUGAUUGCGCCGAGAUAACUGAAUGCCGAAUUAUAAUGGGGAAGCCAGUAAUGAGAGGUGUGAAGAUCAAUAUUGAAUGUGGCGAGAAUGCAUCAUGUGCCCUACAGGAGGGCGUACCGACGUGUACGUGUAUGACCGGAUACAUGAGGGAUGGCAAUAGUACUUGUGUUCCAAUACAUUAA